GAGUCGCCCCCAGCCCCCAGGCCGAUGUCGUCUACCAAGCAACCAGGCUGCUUCGUUACGAGUCGCAGUUCGAGGACCAUAUCAUCCUCCUAAGUUCAACCAUCUCAUCCCUCUGUUUAUCUCUUUCGUCUCUCCAUCUCUCAUCCCAUCUCGUCCCCUAAUCUUCUACUCGUCUGUUCGACCAGUUGUGUGCCAGCUUGACGCUCACUUGACUGCUCGCCCGUUCAUCACUUGGGCAACAAACGUCAUCGAUAUUCGCUGCUGCCUUGACUGGUCACGUAGACGAACGUCGAAUCGAUCCUAUUCAGUUCCUCACGAACUUCCAUCAUGAAGGCCUUUACCGCUGCCCUCCUGGCGGGGGUUGCUUCGGCCGCCGUUGCUCCCCAGCAACAACCUCUUCAAUUCCCUAAGUCAUUUCCUGUCGAGGCCAAGAAUAUCCUUGAUAAGCAGCUGCACGAAAUGAAGGACGCCCUUAAGGGGCUUACCGCGGAGGCUGCAGCCGUCUGGGACGAAGUUGCCUCUCUUUAUCCGGAGGAUAUGAGCCGGGCCAGCUUCUUCUCGACCCCGAAGAAGCAUACCCGCCGACCUGAUCAUGAGUGGGACCACAUUGUCCGCGGGGCGGAUAUCCAGAAGGUGUGGGUAGAGAAUGCCGAUGGCGAGAAAGAGCGUCACAUCGAAGGCAAGCUCGACACGUAUGAUCUGCGUGUCAAGGCUGUGGACCCCAGCUCUCUUGGUGUCGAUCCUGGCGUGAAGCAAUACUCGGGAUACCUAGAUGACAAUGAGAACGACAAACACUUGUUCUACUGGUUCUUUGAGUCGAGGAACGACCCCAAAAAUGAUCCGGUCGUCUUGUGGCUCAAUGGUGGCCCUGGGUGUUCGUCCUUGACCGGCCUCUUCCUGGAAUUGGGACCUGCUCGCAUCAACGAGAAGUUGGAGCUUGUGCCGAAUCCCUACUCCUGGAACGACAAUGCAAGCGUUAUCUUCCUUGAUCAGCCAGUCAACGUCGGAUAUUCUUACUCGAGCUCCAGCGUUUCGAACACAGUGGCAGCUGGCAAGGAUGUUUAUGCUUUGUUGACCCUGUUUUUCGAACAGUUCCCCGAGUACGCCAAACAAGAUUUCCAUAUUGCCGGAGAGUCCUACGCUGGACACUAUAUCCCCGUGUUUGCGACCGAAAUUCUAUCACACAAGAAGAACAAUAUCAACCUCAAAUCAGUUCUGAUUGGCAAUGGGCUUACAGAUGGGUACACUCAGUAUGCGUACUACCGACCAAUGGCCUGCGGUGACGGAGGAUGGCCUGCAGUGCUUGACGAGCAGUCCUGCCAGGCAAUGGACAAUGCCUUGCCUCGUUGCCAAUCUCUGAUUAAGAGCUGCUACGAUAGCGAGAGCGUGUGGUCAUGUGUUCCCGCCAGCAUCUACUGCAACAAUGCGUUGUUGGCACCGUAUCAACGUACUGGCCAGAACGUGUACGAUGUGCGCGGCAAGUGCAAGGACAGCAGCAACCUCUGCUACCCCGAGCUUGGCUGGAUCAGCAAGUGGCUCAACCAGAAGUCUGUGAUGAAGGCCUUGGGUGUGGAGGUGGAUAGCUAUGACUCGUGCAACUUCGACAUCAACCGGAACUUUUUGUUCCAGGGCGACUGGAUGCAGCCGUUCCAUCGAUUGGUGCCUGGACUUAUUGAGAAGUUGCCCGUUUUGAUCUACGCUGGCGAUGCCGACUUCAUCUGCAACUGGCUGGGCAACAAGGCGUGGACGGAGGCGCUUGAAUAUCCUGACCACAAGAAGUUUGCUGCGGCCGACAUGAAAGAUUUGCGCAUGGAUGGCAGCAAAAAUGGGCGGAAGAUUGGAGAAGUCAAGUCCCAUGGCAACUUCACCUACAUGAGAAUCCACGCAGGUGGACACAUGGUCCCUCUGGACCAACCCGAGGCCAGCUUGGAGUUCUUCAACAGAUGGCUGGCGAAGGAGUGGUUCUAGAUGCGGGUGAUUCAACUUGGUGACUGACUAUGUUGGCGGAUAAGAGGGAGCAUUUUCUGGUACUUCUUUGCUACUGCAUUGCAAUUGCGCGGGACAACCCAUGGACAGACUCAAAAUUGCGGGACGGCCGGGUCCGGCUGUGUAAAGAGGGUCCACGGCGGUUCUGUACUCAUUAUCACAGUCGGUGCAUCCAGAUCUAGGAUAUCCGAGUCCAACUCGUAUGGGCCCUUCUACAAUAUGGCUUUCGGUUC